AUGUGGUACAAGACAUCUUUGUCAAAGACUGGAACCGUGAUCCCAAUGCCUGUUCCUUCCAGUUACAAUGACAUCACUCAGGACAAAGAGCUGCGAGAUUUUGUUGGUUGGGUGUGGUAUGAUCGAGAGUUUUAUGUCGAUUCUAACUGGAAGAAUGACAAAAUUGUUCACCUCCGUAUAGAAAGUGCACAUUAUAAUGCUAUUGUUUGGAUAAACUCACACUUUGCUUUUAAUCACAGUGGGGGUCAUCUACCCUUUGAAGGGGAAGUCAGUCAUUUGCUGAACUAUUUUACCAUCAACAGGAUAACAAUUGCCGUCAAUAAUACUCUCACACCCACGACUUUACCUCCAGGGUCAAUUAAAUAUGAAAGAAACUCCAAGAGAUAUCCUCGUGGCUAUUUUGUCCAGAAUUUGCAGAUGGAUUUUUUCAACUAUGCUGGAAUCCACCGUCAUGUUUGGUUGUAUACAACUCCACAGAUUUACAUCCAUGACAUCAUCUUAAAAACAUCGACAACAGGAUCUACAGGGUUGGUAACUUACCUUGUUGUACCAAGUGAAGCUGGAAAUACAAUUUAUUGUGAUAUUCAAGUUCUGGAUAAAGAUGGGAAGACUGUUGUUCGUGCGACAGGCAUAUCAGGCACAAUAAUGAUUCCAAAUGCCAACCUUUGGUGGCCAUACACAAUGAACAAGACUUCCCCAGCAUAUUUAUACACAUUUAGGGUUGUACUUUUGGCUGAUAAAAUUGAUGUUUACAGACAGCCAUUUGGCAUUCGCACAGUUGCUGUUACAGAUGAUCAGUUACUUAUAAACAAGAAACCAUUUUAUUGUCUUGGAGUCGGACGACAUGAAGAUGCAGAUGUUCGAGGUAAAGGUUUAGAUCUUCCUCUUAUUGCCAAAGACUUCAACCUGAUGAAAUGGCUUGGGGUGAAUUGUUUCCGAACAUCUCAUUAUCCUUAUUCUGAAGACCUGAUGGAUCAGGCUGACCAACAAGGAUUUGCUGUGAUUGAUGAAAGCCCUGGUGUUGGAAUUGAAGGGAACAAUAUGGGAUCAGCGUCUCUUGCUCAUCACCAGGAAGUCAUGCGAGAAAUGAUCCAUCGUGAUAAGAACCGCCCAUCAGUUAUUAUUUGGUCAGUAGCCAAUGAACCGCAGUCUUAUCGACCAGAAGCAGAACAUUAUUUUGGAGCUGUGGUGAACUUUACCCGACAACUGGAUGCCACUCGACCUGUUACAUUUGUUAUGAAUGCUGAUUUCACCAAUGACCGAGCUGCUAAAUUUGUGGACAUUUUAUGUAUAAACCGUUACUAUGGUUGGUACAGUGACAAUGGACAUACAGAAGUGAUUCCACUUCAAUUGGCUUAUGAUCUUGACAGCAUCUACAACUUGCAUCAUCGACCCAUCAUCCUGGCUGAAUAUGGCGCUGAUGCAAUUGCAGGUUUGCAUAGGGAUCCAUCAGUUAGUUUCAGUGAAGAAUACCAGGUUGACCUGUUGGCUGCGAAUCACAAAGUGUUUAACAAACUUCGACAUAAAUACUUGGUAGGAGAAAUGGUGUGGAAUUUUGCUGACUUCCAAACAGCACAAAAUGUGAAAAGAGUGGCUGGUAAUAAAAAGGGAAUUUUAACGAGACAACGCCAACCAAAACUGGCUGCAUUCUUAAUAAGAUCAAGGUACAUGGCAAUCAACAAUGGGACACUUAAUGAAGAUGUGUGUGGUCGAAGUAUUACUCUGUAA